AUGACAGACACGUUCGAAAACGACUCCAAAGCAUUCAGCGACUUUCUCGCCGGUGAUCUCAAGUACGAAAUCUCACCGAAAAUCGCUAUUCAUGACUACCGAUCUGACCACCAAGGUCGAGGAGUGAUUGCAUCCGAAGACAUAGAGGAGGAUGAGGUGCUGUUCAAGAUCCCCCGAAGCUCGUUUCUGUCGGUUGAGAAUGACCCCGAUUUCAUCAAACAGGUCCCCGAGGCCAAGAAACUCAACUCGUGGCUGCAAUUGAUUCUGUACAUGAUGAAGGCUGGCUCCAUGACUAAGUGGAAGCCCUACUUUGACGUCCUGCCCACCCAGCUGGACUCUCUCAUGAUGUGGACCGACGACGAGCUCGAGGGUCUCAAGGGAUCCAUGAUAGUCAAGAAGAUUGGCAAGGCUGGCGCUGAGGAGGACUACCAGGAAAAGCUGAAGCCCAUCAUUGAUGCCCAUCCCGAGUACUUCAAGGACUGUGAUACUUCUCUCGAAUCUUUCCACAGAAUGGGAGGUCUCAUUAUGGCCUACUCUUUUGAUGCUCCCGAUAGCUUUUCUGAGGACGAGGAGGACGAUGAGGACAUAGAGCAUGACGAUCUGUACAACGAGGGUCUUGUCAAGGCUAUGGUUCCCCUGGCUGACACCCUUAACGCCCACACUCGUUUCUGUAACGCCAACCUCAUUGCUGAAGACGAUGGAGGGUUCUCCAUGACUGCUAUUCAGCCCAUUAAGAAGGGUGAGCAGGUAUACAACACUUACGGCGAGCUGCCCAACUGCGACUUCCUGAGACGAUACGGAUACGUGGAGAACGAGGGCACUGAGUUUGAUAUUGUCGAGUUCUCUAUGGACGAAAUCUCCGAUUUUUACGCUAACAAGGCCUCUAAGGACCUCAUAGAGGAGGCCACCGAUCUUCUAGAGGACUGGCAGGGAGAGUACGAGAUUAUGGACGAGUACUUUGUGGUCGGGAAGACCGGCGAGAUCGAGUUUGAUCUCGCGUGCUUUAUUUCCUUCCUCGAGCUCAUCACCAAGGACACCUCUCUGUUGUCCAAGCUCAAGCAGGACAAGUCCCUGCGAAAGCAGGUCGUCAAGCAGUUGUGGAAGAAGUCCAACCAGGGUCUCCUCAUCGACGAUGCUGUCAAGUCCCUGACGGAACUCGUCGAGUCCAAGAAAAAGACCUACGGUGAGAAGUCUGACAAGACCCACAAGCACAAGAUGGCGUCAAUCGUGCUUGAAGGAGAGCUGGAAAUCCUUGAUAACAUUGUCAAGCGACUACCCGAGACUACCACAUACGUUACUGACGACAUUCUCACAAAAAAGCGGGCUUCUGACGCUCCCUCUGGUGAUGCUAAGCGAAAGAAGUAG